GACACCACAAAAAGAAAACAGGGCAACACAGAAAAAAAACGUCAAUGGCGACACGGCACAGAUCGAUAGAUCAUGUUCACCGAAAAGGGAAUCUUUCCCAUAGGCGAUGGCCUUUUGGAUGUAGAUGCCGAACGCUUUAACGGAUUGCUCGUGUCGCAUGACAUCAACGAGAUCUACGAGGUGGAACAGACGCCGUUUGCCAGGGGCAAAUUCGCCGCCGUUCGCCGUGCCAUUCACAAGAACACGGGCUCCCAUUUCGCGGCAAAGUUCUUGAAGCGACGCCGACGCGCACAGAGCAGCGACAAGGAGAUCAAACACGAGAUCGCCGUCCUAAUACUCUGCGAGGGCGAGGAGAACAUUGUCAAUCUGAAUGCGGUGCACGAGACCCGUUCGGACACAGCCCUGCUGCUGGAACUGGCCACUGGUGGCGAGCUGCAGACCAUACUGGACAACGAGGAGUGCCUGACAGAGGCCCAGGCCCGCCACUGCAUGCGAGAGGUGCUGAAGGCUCUCAAGUUUCUCCACGACCGAUCCAUUGCCCACCUGGACCUCAAGCCACAGAACAUUUUGCUCGCCGGCGAGCGUAUAGAAGAUGGCCUCAAGCUCUGUGACUUUGGGAUCUCGCGCGUUGUGUGCGAGGGCAUCAAUGUCCGCGAGAUGGCCGGCACACCCGACUACGUGGCCCCCGAGGUGCUCCAGUACGAGCCACUCUCCCUGCUGACGGACAUCUGGUCCGUAGGCGUUCUCACCUAUGUCUUGCUCUCCGGCUUCUCGCCCUUUGGCGGGAACACCAAGCAGGAGACCUUCCUCAAUAUCUCGCAGUGUGCGCUCACCUUUCCGGACAACCUAUUCGGUGGCGUCUCGCCAGUGGCCAUCGAUUUCAUACGCCGCGCAUUGCGAAUUAAGCCAAACGAUCGCAUGAGUGCCGCUGGAUGCGUGGAACAUGUCUGGCUGAAGGAUGAGAGCUCGAUGGAUAGACAAAUGUAUCUGCAGGCUCAGAGCGAUGCUGAAGAGGAAGAGGAGGAGGAAGAAGACGACCUUGAGGAUGAGGAAGUGGAGGAGCCAGUGGCCGAGGAGAAGGCAGAGGAGCAGGAACAGCAACAGCAGUCACAGGAACAACAAAAGCAACAGAAGCCAAGCAGUGGCAGCAACAAACCCACGCACAAUGGCCACCAUCGGGCCCACAGCAAUGGGAGCAGUAGCAGCAUCUCAAAAAUACCCAUUGCCACCGGGAAGCUCCUGGGAAGCCCCAUAAGCAGCACCAGCACCAGCACCAGCACAGAGACAACGACAGCCAUACACACGCUGACCAGCAAUGGACACGGACAGAGCAACACGGUCUGCCUGUCCGCCAAGCCCACUCAGAUCGUGACACCCACACGUCGAGCCUCCGACUCGGACAAGGAGAACACAUACACGGCGACAUUUGUGAAGAAGCCCCCGGUGCAGGCCCCCGCGACAGCAGCACGAAUGAACAGCAUUCGCCGCGCCUCCGACCCGCUGAUGGCCGUCUAUAAGAAGCAGCCACAGAACAGCGGCGCCAACAGCAAUAGUUCCAGCAGCAACAGCAACAAUCCCAGCCCCGGCAGCAGUCCCAGCUCGGGCAGCACGGCCACCCUGCUCCUAAAUAGCCAUCGCCUGGCGUCCGCGUCCGCGUCCGGGCCAGCCAGCACGGUCGCCAGCACCGCUGUAUCCUCAAGCAGCAGCACCAAAGCUACUGCCACUGCCCACCAUCUGCACCACCACCACAUGCACCACGACAACACGAAAAAUGGCUGUCUCUGGAUCGACGAUUGGGCACAUCAAUAG